GGAGGUGAUGGGAGGAGGUUGGGGUGACACCCUUUGCAACAAACCUGCCCACAGUAACAAAGCACGGAGGGGCCGUGAUGCUGCGCUGUUUGCGGAUAAAUGACUUCACUGUGCGGCAGGGCUUCACAGCAUGGGCAGGCUGCGGACACACACUCUCCCACACACCGUGGAUGUGCUGCAGACUCAGUCUGUGCUUUGGAUUUUUUUCAGUAUAAUUAGAAAAUAUUCUAAGGUUGAAAAUGUAGUUUCCCCAUUCAGGGAAACACGUUUAAUAUUCUGGAAACAUCCGAUUUUUUUUAGAUGAACCAAGGAUAGAAGCAGGAUCCCAAAUAUGGAUUUGACUUUGGAGGGGAUUAACCCGGCGAAUGCACGAGCCCUGCUGGUGGGGUGUCUAACCCUGCUGUUCUCCCUCCACCUGUGGCGCUGGCUCCGGCAGCGCUCGGCCCCUGGCCCCCCCGGCCCUUUCGCCUGGCCGGUCAUCGGGAACGCUCCGCAGCUCGGCAAAGCCCCGCACCUGUACUUUGCGCGCAUGGCGGAGAAAUACGGCAACGUGUUCCAGAUCAAACUGGGCUCUCGCGCGGUGGUGGUGCUGAACGGGGACUCUAUCAGGCAGGCGCUGGUGAAGCAGGGACUCGACUUUGCUGGAAGACCGGACUUCACCUCCUUCCAGUACAUCUCCAACGGGGACAGCCUGGCGUUCGGCACCAUCACGGACUGGUGGAAGGUGCACCGCAGGGUGGCUCAGUCCACCGUGCGCAUGUUCUCCACGGGGAACCCGGACACCAAAAAGACUUUUGAGCACCACGUCCUGUGCGAGGUCAAAGUGCUGCUGCAGCUGUUUGUGAAGAAGACACAGGAGCUGCAGUACUUCCAGCCCCUGAACAACCUGGUGGUGUGCACGGCCAACAUCAUGAGCGCGGUGUGCUUCGGGAAGAGGUACUCUCACGAUGACGAGGAGUUCCAGCAGGUGGUGGGCAGGAACGACCAGUUCACCCAGACCGUGGGGGCCGGCAGCAUCGUGGACGUGAUGCCCUGGCUGCAGUACUUCCCCAACCCCAUCAAAACCAUGUUUGAUAACUUCAAGGAGCUCAACCUGGAGUUUAACAGGUUCAUCGGAGACAAAGUUAUCGAGCACCGGAAAACCAUCCAGUCGAGCACCAUCAGGGACAUGACGGAUGCCUUUAUUGUGGCGAUGGAGCAGAUAAGCGAAAAAUCAAGGGUCUUAUCCGGCGGGAAGGACUACGUGCCCUCCAGUCUGGGGGAUAUUUUUGGAGCGAGUCAAGACACUUUGUCAACGGCACUGCAGUGGAUCAUCCUCAUUCUGGUCAAGUACCCUGAGAUGCAGGUGCGUCUGCGGCAGGAAGUGGACCGGGUGGUGGACCGCAGCCGGCUGCCCUCCAUCGAGGACCAGCCCCAGCUGCCCUACGUCAUGGCCUUCAUCUACGAGGUGUUGCGCUUCACCAGCUUCGUGCCGCUCACCAUCCCCCACUCCACCACCACGAACACCUCCAUCAUGGGCUACACCAUACCAAAGAACACCGUGGUCUUCAUCAACCAGUGGUCCAUCAACCACGACCCGGAGCUGUGGUCCCACCCGGAGACCUUUGAACCCCAGCGCUUCCUGAAGGAUGGGGUCCUGAAUAAGGACCUGACCAGCAGCGUGCUCAUCUUCUCGCUGGGGAAGAGGCGGUGCAUCGGAGAGGAGCUGGCCAAGAUGCAGCUCUUCCUCUUCACGGCGCUGAUCUCCCACCAGUGCCACAUCACCGUGGACCCCGCCCGGCCCGUCAAACUGGACUACGACUACGGGCUGACUCUGAAGCCCCACGCCUUCUUCAUAGCUGUGACUCUGAGAGAAGAUAUGACUCUGCUGGAGGCCGCCACCAGGCAGGAACCCACGGGCAAGGCUUAUUCAGACUAAAUAAAUUGGUAACACCAUGACACAUGUCUGUUAGGCAUCUUACACAGAGUUCAAAUGUCUUGUAAUCUGCUUAUAGCAUCAGAAUCAGAAUACCUUAUUUACAUGGGGGCAAACAGGGAUUUGCAACAGUUGCUCCAUUUUUGAAUAAAAUAAAAAUAAAAUGAUUUAUACAAACAAGAGACAUUAAAGUAAAAACUUGAGAAUAAAAUGUAAUCAAAAUACUUAUAAAAAUAUAAGAAGUUUAAGUAAAAAUGAGCGAGAAACAGAUACAAAUACAAAAUACAAAUAAAGAUGUAUCAGUACAAAUUCUAACACGAUAAAGCAUUUAAUGAAUAACAAGGAAGACAUACGAUUACACAGUGCUAUAAGCAGAUCAUAACGCAUAAUGUUUCCAAUGCCUUAUAGACAUGGGUGUCAUAGAAAGUGUUACCAAAUAAAUACAAAUGUAAAACAUAUGAAGGCUGAAACACAAAAGACUUAUGAACCAUAGCUCAUGUUUCUGGGCUGAAACCAUAAGCUGAAAUCUCAGGCUUUAUUUUUAUCACUGACUCAUCUAAAGUAUUAUUGUGCCGGGGGGGGGGGGGGGGGAUUCUGAUGGUCUGAUUGGUGUGCAAGGACACAAGGACAGAAGUGUGUACACGCCACAAGCAGCCAUUUACAAUCUGCGUUAGCACUUAGCAAUUAGCAUCUCUGUUUGAUUCGUGGAGGUGGAGGACUGCAGUCAGCUGGAGAUCAGCCUUAAAGACCUCAGACCUGUCAUCACCGCGGUAACAGGAGACAUCAGCUGCCCCGACACACGCUCUGUGACUUUAGUGUGAAAGGAUUGAAUGGCAGAAAUCAUCAUGGUGUUGUCAUACGUUUUUGCUUUCGUAUUAAAAGCAAAUGUGCACCUCAUGUAAAUUUGGCCGACAUCUUAAAGUUCUUCCUCUUUCAAACCAGCUCUGAUUUGAAGGUAAACCAUCGACACUGGAGAUUUCUAACUGACACAUUAUAUGCUACCUAAGAUGAAUGAGUCCUUUAACUUAAAGACAGUACUAACACAGUUUUUCAUAUGCAGUUUUAAAGCUUAGUUACUCAGGAAUAACGCCUUUGAAUUGUCAAUACUAUUUGAAUUAUGAGUGAUCUGAUAUAUUCUGCUGUAGAUGCAAAGUAUACAAAGAUUAAUAUUAGCAGUGUUAUUAUCUUUGUCUUUUUUUUCUUCUAUUUUUGUUACUCACAAAGGUUUUCAUUUAAGUUGUGUAGAACGCUGCUGUAUGGAAAACCCCCGUCAUUUAUUCUCCAUGCAUAAGAUGCCAGUAACCUUCAUGUAAAUCAUCCUCCUGCUGUAUAAAUGACAGUUGGGGCUAAUUAUUAUUAUUAUUAUUAUCCUCUAUUUGCUGCUCAGCAUGAUAGACUACUGCACUGAUUGUAAACGGUGGACACAAGCAUUGUUUUUGGAAAAAUGUCUUUUAUUUUUGAAAUAGCAGACGGAAUUAAGCAAGUGUUAAAGUCCUGACUGUUGUACGCCUUAAAAUAAUAAAAUAAUAUAAAAAAUCACCAAUAAAUCAUAACAAAUCUAUUGAUGGCCAUUUCACUUGCUUACUUCUAGAAGUAAAAGCAUUAUAUUUGUGAAAUGACACCAUAGUUUAGUGAGUGAAAUCAGAAAGCAUUCAUGUUCCCUUUUCUCACAUGGUCAAAUGUUAACUUAAUCAUGCCGGUUUAACAGGAACUAGCCUGGGUGAGGACUGUUGAAAUUAUAUUUUGUACAAUUAAAUAACAACCUUUUUGACAAUUGAUUCAUGUUAAAGUAAUUUUUCAUGUAAAAAUGUCAGGAAAUACUGUUUCAAGCCUCUUUAAAAUAAAGAUUUUCUCUGUCAUAUUGAAGUGAAUAUCUUUGGGUUUAAGACCUGCAAACUACGGUGGCCGGCAGGUGCAAACGCGGAACAAUGGCCAAAAACGCAUACAUAAGCAGGAAACAGCUGCAAAUAAUGAAAUGAAAUACAAACAAAUCCUGAAAACAAAUACAACAAAAAAACGCUGCAUUUACAGAAAAAUGCAAACUAAAUACAACACACAAACCCCGAAAACAAACGCAACAGAAAAACGUAAGUGACAUUUGAACAUUUAAUUGACGCAUUCCAACUAUUUCCGUUUCAACUAUGUUCAAAAAUAUUUGACAGCAAUUAGCCUGCUAAUCAAUAUUAGUCAGUGCUACAGUUCACUGUAAACUUGUAAGGUAAAAAAUGCAACGGCGUCUUGGCAUGUUGCAAGGUCAGGUGGAAACAAAAGGGAAGUGUUUAGGAGAUCCUUUUCCCCGCACAGCGUUUUAUCUCACCCUGCCAGAACAUCCUGUACUCGAUCAGAGAGCGGCUUGCAGCCAGACAACUUUUCAGAGUGCGUGACAAAUUCAGAUAAACGACAGUAGAUGAUUAGAUCGCUCCAUGCUCCAUUUCUCAAAAUUGAACGGUGAAAACUAAGCAGUGCCAGCGAAGUCGUGUGGCAGCGUGCCAAGAAUAAUUUCUAUGAAUCGGAAGCAAAAACCUUUUUUUGCUGAGUUAAGGAGUCGACAGAUCAUCAAACACAAAUGAGCUGACAAUGAGUAAUAUCCCUGAAUAUCACAGUGGCAGAUUGACUCCAGUUAUAAAAACAGACAUUGGCAUCACAGGAAGCAAAAGGACAAAAACACAAAUCUGAUAUUCUCCAAAAUUAUGGAAAUAUAAUGGGGUACGAGCUGACAUGAAACCCUGCUGAGGAAGAUGAAAUAUCACAUGGAAUGGCCCUAAGACGCAUCCUGUGUCACAACAGUUUACACCUGUUAAGACUGCAUUAACCAGAUUAAGGUGAAUCUCUCUGUAAACUUGUAUCCUGCAUCGCCGCCGAUAAAACGUGCGGAUCAUUCCGCCGUCAACUAAGAGUUCAGUCAAUAUCACUAUAAAGUAACUUUGGUGUCCCCAUCAGAAUCACUCAGUCAUCAUGAAAAUGUAGCAGAAUAAUUAAACUCUGAGGUCUUAUUAUAAAUGGCCAAACAUUUACACACAUAUCAGUACAAUGAUAAGUCUCUUGAAAUGUGUUUCCUUCAUUUUAUACCAUAUUUGUUCAUUGGAUGUAGGCCUACGUGAUUUUGGCAUGUCCCACACACUGCUCUGCUAAAUACAGUGUGUGUAAUACGUGAUUAAAUGAUACUACAAUAA